AUGUCAAAUGUGGCAAAGCAGAAGGUUGAUGCCUAUCACCUGCAGCUCCAGAACCUGCUCUAUGAGGUGAUGCACCUGCAGAAAGAGAUCACCAAGUGCCUGGAAUUCAAAGGAGGUGCCAGCCAUCCCUCCUGCUUCCACCCCGUCUCCUGCCCUCAGGCCUCGGAGAUCGACGAGCGGCGCGUGCAGAGCUGCGUGCACUUCAUGACCCUGAAGAAGCUGAACCGCCUGGCCCACAUCCGCCUCAAGAAGGGCAGGGACCAGACCCACGAGUUGCCGGUGUCCCUCAGGGGGUACUCCCGGGAUGUGGAGGGCAGCUGGUUCCGCUCGCUGUUCGUGCACAAGGUGGAUCCCCGCAAGGACGCACAUUCCAACCUCCUGUCCAAGAAGGAGACCAGCAACCUCUACAAGAUCCAGUUUCACAACGUGAAGCCGGAGUGCCUCGAAGCCUACAACAAGCUGACAGAGGAGGUGCUGCCCAAGCUGCAUUCGGACCCCGACUACCCCUGUGACCUGGUGGGCAACUGGAACACGUGGUACGGCGAGCAGGACCAGGCAGGUGAGGCCAGGCAGCCCCUGCUGCCCCAGACACAGAUCUUGGUGGGGUUUUGGGGCUCUGCUCCCUUUCUGUUGCAGUGUAUUUUUAUACUUUGUAAUAGUUUGCCAGUGCUAAAGUGGACACCAUCCCAUGGCCCUCCAAGCCUAUGGAUGCUCCCAGUGCCACUGGGGACCUCUUCUAGUGCCAUUCUGAGGCCAAGGAUCCCCCCAAUGCCACUGGAGACCCCAUCCCAAGCCCAUGGGUACCCCCAGAGUCAUCAGGGACUCCAUCCCAGGCCCAUGGAUGCUCCCAGUGCCACGGGGCACCUCUUCUCGUGCCAUUCUGAGCCCAAGGAUGCCCCCCAGUGCCACAGGGGACCCCAUCCCCAGCUUCCCCUCAAUCCCAUGGAUCCUCCCACCACCACCAAUGACUCCAUCCUGUGCCCCUCCCAAAGUCCUAUGUGCCCCCCACCCCAUUGGGGAUCCCAUCCCAAGCCCAUGGGUACCCCCAGUGCCAUCAGGGACCCCAUCCCAAGCCCAUGGGCACCCCCAGAGCCAUCAGGGACCCCAUCCCAAGCCCAUGGGUACCCCCAGAGCCACUGGGCUCUCCCAAGGUGGAUGAGCAGUGGGUUCUCACUGUUUUUCCCCCCCUGUUUCCAGCCAGGCACCAUGAUCGAGUGGGGCAACAACUGGGCUCGGGCCAUCAAGUACCGCCAGGAGAACCAGGAGGCAGUUGGGGGCUUCUUCUCCCAGAUCGGGGAGCUCUACGUGGUGCACCACCUCUGGGCCUACAGGGAUCUGCAGUCCCGGGAGGAGACCAGGAAUGCGGCCUGGAGGAAGAGGGGCUGGGAUGAGAAUGUUUAUUACACGGUGCCGCUGAUCCGGACCAUGGAAUCGCGGAUCAUGAUUCCCCUGAAGAUCUCCCCCCUGCAGUGAUUGGGGGCCGGGUCAGGGGGGUCUCCCUGCACCCCCAGGGGCUCCCUGGCCCUGCUGGGGGGUUCUGCUGCUCCCCCCGGCUCCCAGCUCUGUCCCCCAGCCCAUUUUGGGGGGUUGAGAGCAGGGAGGGGGAGGUGGGAGCCCCCCAUCCUGUGGGGGUCCCCAGGAUGGUGCUGCUGGGGGGGCUGUGGAGGUUGGGGGGGCUUAAUUGCUCCUGAUGAGCCCAGCGGGUGCCUUUGCUGCCAAUUAAAUAUUUA